AACAGUAUAAUCAUACCAAAAAUAUUUCUGCCUCUUCUUUCAGUUUGUCAGUAAAUGCAACAGCAAACCUAAAUAGGAGCAAAAAGAAAAAAAAAAGAAAAAAGAAAAAAAAAACAACACUUUAUUAUCACUGCUGCAAAAAGGAUUUCAGCAAAACAAGAAUUUUCAUUACAAGCACUACAUUUUAGCCUUUCACAAGCAAUGUCAAUUUUGACAACAAAAGAGGAAAAAAGCAGCGGUAACAACAGUAAAACACAUAAAUCUCCAUGCGGAGACAGAGUAGGUGAGAGAAAAAAACAUCAACUUGGAGCUUGAAAGCUAAGAAUUUCAGGAUGAAUACACAGAGAAUACAAAGGAGAGUAUUGCACAAAAACAGCACAAACAGUGAUUCAAAACAGUGGGAAGACACUGAUUUGUGUGCGUGCACUGUUACAAUAGCCAAGAGGCUAUGGGUGACCAUCAUCAUGGUCUGCGUGAGGAGACUAAAAGCAGAGAUGUGUGGAUUAAGACGUUUGCAGUCACGAGACCUGGAUCUUUCCAGUCAUCCCAGACGGCAAUAUAUGGCUGGAGCUGGAUACCCAAACCAUAUAUCCUCAUCAUUAUGAAAACAGAGACAACAGUCUGAAGGGUCAAAGGACGACGUAUUGAUAAGUCUUCGUUGCUAAAGUGGGGGAGGACAGAAACCGCAACAUGCACAGCUGGGGUUAGCUUGCCUGCGCUCAGCCUCAUUAUUACGUGCCAGGACUCCAGGAAGAUCUUGAAGCGCUCCAGACCUUCUUUUUUUUCCCAGAACAGACUUGAACUCUUACUGAACAGGAAGAAACGUUAUUCCCCCGAGUGAGUUGAAAAUGGCUAACAACAGGGAUGCCAACGAGAGCACCCCUCUUCUGGACUCAGGCAGUGGGAACAGACCAUCAAGACCAUCAGUCUUCCAAGGAAGAAGACUGGCAUGUGCAGCCAUACUGCUGGCUGAGUCGUUAGAAAGGAUUGCAUUCUACGGCAUCACCUCCAACCUGGUCCUAUUUCUCAAUGGUAGCCCCUUUUAUUGGGAGGGCACCCAGGCGAGUCAGGCACCUCUGAUGUUCAUGGGAGUUACCUACUUGAUUUCACCGUUCGGAGGCUGGUUGGCGGACGCAUAUCUUGGGAAAUUCUGGACUAUUGCGUCGAGUUUGAUCUUGUAUUUUCUCGGUAUGCUAUUUUUCCCUUUCAUUUCCCAAGAAGACACCAGGAUACACUUGUGUGGAGAAGAGAUGGCAUUUCCCGUGCAACCUGCUGAGUGUCUGAACAGUAGCGCCAUUCCACCAGGAGUAAGCUGCCCCAUCCGUGCCCCAUAUUGUGGCCCAGUUGUUUACAGUGGACUUUUCUUAAUUGCGUUAGGCGUGGGUACUGUGAAGUCCAACAUCACUCCAUUUGGAGCAGAUCAGGUCAAAGACAGAGGACCUGAGGCCACACGCAGAUUCUUCAACUGGUUCUACUGGAGCAUCAACCUAGGAGCCAUCCUGUCUCUGGGAGUUGUUGCCUACAUCCAGCAGAACUACAGCUUCGUGCUCGGCUACAUCAUUCCCACCGUGUGCCUCGGGAUCUCCUUUGUGGUCUUUUUCCUGGGACGCACUGUUUUUGUCUCCAAGCCUGCCGAUGGCAGCGCCUUCACGGAUAUGUUCAGGAUCUUGGCGUUCACCUGCUGUUCAAAGAAACCGAAGGAGCCUAAUCUUCUCCGCAACAAACCAGCACUACUGGACAGCGCCAAAGAGACUUAUGGAGGAAAAUUUCCAGAAGAGAAAGUAGAAGAAGUGAAAUCACUGGUUAAAAUCCUGCCAGUUUUCUUUGCCCUUAUUCCAUACUGGACUGUGUACUUCCAGAUGCAGACAACGUACGUCCUGCAGAGCCUCCACAUGAGGAUCCCUGAUACUGCCUACAACAGCACCGCUGGCUCCCGUCAGAUGACGUUCCGCUUCCCAGCUGCCUGGCUCACCAUGUUUGACGCAGUGCUUAUCCUUAUGCUGAUUCCCCUUAAAGACAAAGUGGUGGACCCCAUCCUGAAACGCCGCGGCCUGCUGCCCUCCUCCCUGAAGAGGAUCGCGGUGGGAAUGUUUUUUGUCAUGUGCUCGGCCGUGGCAGCGGGUAUCUUGGAGACCAAACGACUGGAGAUCGUCAAAUCAAAUGGUACCAUUGACCAGGUGUUCGACAAAGUUACCUACUACGCAGCAGAUCUACCCAUAUGGUGGCAGGUGCCUCAGUAUGUACUGAUAGGAAUCAGCGAAAUCUUUGCCAGCAUUGCAGGUCUGGAGUUUGCUUAUUCUGCAGCCCCCAAGUCCAUGCAGAGCGCUAUCAUGGGGCUCUUCUUUUUCUUCUCUGGGAUUGGCUCCUUCGUGGGUUCUGGUUUGCUGGCUAUUGUCUCCCUCAAGGGAAUCGGCUGGAUGUCGUCACACAAAGACUUUGGUAAUAUCAACGACUGCUCCCUGCACUACUACUUCUUCCUCCUGGCCGGGAUCCAGGGCGUCACCUUAUUGGUCUUCCUUAUCGUCUCCGUCAAGUACGACAAACAGAGGGGCCGGGCGGGGAGUCAGCGGCAGAGGACCACCUCCUCUUGACCCCAGCUCCGCUCGCAGUAACCCCGCCCCACCACGUCUGCCUUCUCCUGUCAUAUUGCUCAGCGCCCAAAGACCCGAUAGGUAUUAACUAAUCCUCCCACGGUAGUUUUGGUACGUACAGUUUUUCAUAACAGGUUACGUAUGAUCUCGACUGCACACGUAUUUAUAUUUCUUAUAGCUUUUAUGUGGGGGAUUCCUCAUUUCCUAAUGGUUUUACAUCCCUGGGCGAUCGCACAGAUAUCACUGGAAGAAUAGAGGUCGUCGUCACAGUCAUUACUACUGUGUUUACUCCUGUUGCCUUUCUUUUGAUUGUUUGCACUUAAAAUGAGGAGUGGUGCCAUAAAAUGUGAUACAUCUGGCAAUCUGGAAGAAGACUUUUUGUACUUUCUGUUCAGCACGUCAGUAUUUUAAUUUACACUUACAUACACUGCCUGAAAUUAGAGUGUCUGCGCAUUACAUUUUUACAUGCAUGUCCGCAUUAUUUCCCCCAUUGGGUUUCAAACACUUAGUUACACGAUCAUAUUAAAUGGGGAAUCUGUUUUAAUGCCGUUGCUCUUUUAGGAGAUUCCAAAUAAGGACACUUUUUUGCCCUUUUUUUAUUUUUUCUGUUUGACUAAUGUUCAUGUCUAACACUUAAGAAGAAAUGUCACCUUUCAUUUGUUUUUCUCUCCUUCUAACCUCAGUAUACAGCACCGUACCUUAACAGUAUUUUAAAAAUACUCGUUGACUCCUGUAAAGCUCCACAGCCGUUUUUAAUUUCUGGUCAAGCUGCAAAAUCGCACUUCUGCACGGAGAAAAGCUAAUUAGAAACUAACCAUUAGCUUAACUGGCAACCUUGAAUGUAGCUCUGAAAAAACUCGAGGCACUAAUGCUUGGGUCAUUGACAUCAUCUCUAUAUUUAGAAUUUAGUAGCAAAAGACUAUAAAUCUCUACACUGAGAGUUUUUGCUUUCAAAAACUUUUCUCAGAGUUACCACGACUUUGCAGCUCCACCAGAAAGUGGUUCAAAAUGAAGGUUCUCUUUUAUUGUUGUAUUUAUGAGACUGAUGCAUUUGUUUUAGCUUUGUAAAAACUGUUUCUCCAAUCCUCAAAUUAAAAGUAAAGCACAAGGUACAUUGUUUUAUUCAGACAAGCAAACUCUCAGGGCUCUAGGAACAGUGUCCAGUGACAUACGGUACCUUGUUAUCAGAUGUAAUUUUGCCUUCGUUAUCUCAGAACAAACUGCCCAUUAACGUGAUUAUAGGCCGUGUUUAUUUGAUCAGAUUAUGUUAAAUGUAUGAUCCUGUUUUAUUGCCUAUUAUAUAUAAUGUGGCUUUUUAAUUUCAGUCAUUUAUAAAAAGAUUUAUUACAUAUUAUUUUGGAAUUACAUUCUGUUCAAACGUGACAAAGCUGUAAUUUUGUUUUGUGGUUAUAUUUGUGCCUAUUAAAGUGUAGUACAUUGAGAACUUC